AUGGCGCGCUUUCCUUUAUCACCAGCAUCAUGGACGACGGCGUUUGUUUCUUCCCUCGCUCUCCUCAAUACGAUAAUCCCGGUUCGAGCACAAACUACAACAACAUCGAGUCCAGGAAGUUCGUCAACGGAUUCGAGUUUGGAAACUAUAUCAGGGACUAAUGCCGACGGUGUUACACAAACGCUACUCGUGGAUCGAUAUCCCGCCUUAUACACGGGGGACUUUGGAGACUGUAUGGGCGGACAGAGCUUAAUCAACCUAACGUCGUUCGACGCAGCUUAUUAUGCUGAUAAUAUGACCGUCAUCUUCAAUCUGGCUGGCACGACCAAUCUCAGAAACGAGACCGUAAUGCAUGGAGAGCAACGAUACGAGCAGGUUUUCAACCCGUGUAGUGCGAACUUUUACACUCUAUGUCCGAUGAAUUCCAGUGUCCCAAUCUUUGGUGGAGCUGUUAUUCCGGUGUCCUCGUCCGACGUGUCCGAUAUCCCCCCUAUAGCUUUGUCAAUUCCUGACUUCGAAGGAUCGGCUUAUCUGCGAAUAUUCUCGAACUCGUCACAAACUCAAAUUGCCUGUUUCUCAGCCGUUAUGAGAAAUGGUGCCAGUUUCUCACACCCAACCGCAAUUGGAUCAGUUCUAGGCGUUUUCACGGUCAUGGCCCUCCUGGCUUCCUUCGCAACCGCCAUUUACGGGAUUAGUGUACCGCAUAUCCGAACACAUUACGCGCACUCACUGUCUGUCCUCGUUGUGAUGGAGGUGUUUCAGUCGAUUUUCUUCUCUGGAGCACUGUCUUUGAAUUGGCCGAGCGUCUGUGCAGCUUUCUGGAGUAACUUUGCCUGGUCCGCUGGCAUGAUCUAUACGCCAUGGAUCAUGAACUCUCUCAACAGCUUCACUGGGGUCUCUGGAAAUAGCAGUCAAGUGGGAGGAGCUGGCUCCACGGUAAUCAAUAACAACGGAGGCCUUCAACAACAGAUUUAUGGACGAUCCUUGGAAGAUGGAAGCAGUUUGGCAAUGAAAAACGAGCUUGUUGCAAGCGGGAUUUACAAACGGGCAGUCAACAACACCGCAAGCUCACUGGAAUAUGCUUGGGCAGGUGUCCCGGUUCAACCUGGACUACCUCUUCCCGGGAACUGGUCUGGAUUUGCCGGAGAGCUAUCCUUGGUGGACGUCCCAGCCUCGGAUGCCUUUCUCACCGGCUUAGUGUGGUUCCUGAUUCUCCUCGCCAUCCUGAUAGGAGCUACCGCAGCCUUCAAAUGGAUCCUUGAAGGACUGAGCUCCAUGAAAAGGAUAAAACAUGACCGCUUGGGCUUGUUCCGAAGCCAUUGGCUUGGCUUCCUAGGCCUCAUUAUCCUCCGAUCAUGCUUCAUCGCUUUCUUCAUGAUGAUGACUCUUACUCUCUAUCAGUUUUCGUAUGGUGGGAAAGUAGGGCCGUUGGUAGUCGCAGUCAUUGUCUUCGUUAUUUUCUUCCUCGGAGCCAUCGGACUUGCGACUUACGCCUGCUUCUAUCGUGUCAAAUUUGGAAAAUACGAAUCUUCGCCCGAUCGACUCCAUUUCCAACGCGGAAAGGCGCUGAAGUUUCUUCCAUGGUACCGCACUGUUCGAGAAAGCUCAAUGGAAGAGGAGGACAAAGCGAAAUCUGCAGGCUCUAUAUCGUUCUUCCAGCUCAGAUUUGUCGACAACGACGCCGAGAUUCAAAGUGUUCAUGAGAAUACCCACUUCACCAAACGCUUUGGAUGGCUCUCAGCUCGUUAUAGACGUACAAGAUGGUGGUUUUUCGCGUUCUGGGUCGUGUAUCAAUUUGUCCGGGCUUGCUUCAUUGGUGGUGCUCGGGCAAGUCCGACAGCUCAAGUCUUUGGCCUCUUUGUUUGGGAAUUAAUCGCCUUCGUCGCGAUAAUCUUGAUCAAUCCAUUUGAAGGAGCUCGGAACACGGCCCUCGCGGUUUAUAUGCUCGGGAUCAGCAAGGUGGCAACCUCAGGACUUUCGAUCGCGUUCCUCCCACGGUUCAACUUGGCACGAAUUCCAACCACAGUCAUUGGGGUCAUCAUCAUCGUCAUCCAGGGAUUCCUGGUCCUUGGUCUUUUGAUUCUGAUUGUCCUGGGCGCUAUUUCCAGCUACAUGUCAAUCACUCGGAACCGCGAAGAAUUCAGGCCGCACAGGUUGGAGAACAUCCGGAUGAAGUACUUUGGACACCUGGAACAGAAGGAGAAAGAUGUGCCUCCGCCGCCACCUCCGAUCCCCGAAGAGCCAAAAGAACCCUAUUUCCAGGUGAAGACUGUCCGCCGAGCCCCAAAGAUCGAAGAUGAAGAUGUUGAUUACGUUCCUGAAAUGAACGACUUCAACCCAAAUGCAUCGCAAUACUCACUCGGGGCCCCGGUCGUUAACCGCACGAGCAGGACUAAUAGCUUUGCAAAUAGCAUGCGAAGUCAUGCUUCCGGGUACGGGAACGUUCCAUACGGGGCUCGCGUGCAUCGAGCAAGCUGGAGCUCGCGAGAUUUCCAAAACUGGCAAGAUGACGAGUCAAUCAGAGCGGACUCGCCAUUUGGCAUGCCGUCCAGCAGUGCCAGUGCUGCUGAUCACCACCCUCACAACUCGAUGUCGAUGGCGCCCUUGGUUAGGCCUUCACCUUCACAUGGCUCCAUGAGACCAUCUACGCCUACGAGAGAACAACAAAGGCAAUACUCAAGCCAACGAAUAAAUCGGGCAAACUAG